AUGUAUUCGGUGGCUGAACCAAGAGACUUUGUCGACUACACCGACCUCGACAUCGAGCUGGAGUGGAACCCCCAGUACCAGGACUCCCCCGUGCUUCUGGCCAACGAGCCCGACUGGAUCGACGAGGAGUCGCCCAAUUCGCCUGCCGACGGCUUCCUCUACGAGUGUGCCUUCUGCCUCCAUGCCCACUCGCCCUCGCUGCCAUGCAACGGAGCCAACUACACGUUCCAGCUCCCCCUGCUGGCGCUGCACCGCUAUUCGUACGAGGCGCCCGUGUAUCACCACGAGGAGAGUGGUGACAGCAACGGCAUCAUUGAGCUGAACUACAGAAAGUGGUUGGUGUCUGUGACGCCACGCUAA